AUGGCGCAGGAUGAAACAGAAUUUAGAAAUUUCAUCGUGUGGCUUGAAGACCAGAAAAUCAGACAGUACAAGAUUGAAGACAGAGGGAAUUUAAGAAACAUUCACAGCAGCGAUUGGCCCAAGUUCUUAGAAAAGUAUCUCAAAGAUGUUAACUGUCCUUUCAAGAUUCAAGAUCGACAAGAAACAAUUGACUGGCUUCUUGGCUUAGCUGUUAGACUCGAAUAUGGAGAUAAUGCUGAAAAAUACAAGGACACAGUUCCUGAUAAUUCAAAAAAUGCUGACAAUGCAGCUAAAAAUGCAGAACCACUGAUCAACUUGGAUGUAAAUAACCCUGAUUUCAAGGCUGGUGUAAUGGCUUUGGCUAAUCUUCUUCAGAUUCAGCGCCAUGAUGAUUACCUGGUAAUGCUAAAGGCAAUUCGAAUUUUGGUUCAGGAGCGCCUGACGCAGGAUGCAGUUGCUAAAGCUCAUCAAACAAAAGAGGGCUUGCCUGUUGCUUUAGACAAGCAUAGUCUUGGUUUUGACACAGGAGAUGCAGUUCUUAAUGAAGCUGCUCAGAUUCUCCGAUUGCUGCAUAUAGAAGAACUCAGAGAGCUACAGACAAAAAUCAAUGAAGCCAUCGUCGCUGUUCAGUCAAUUAUUGCGGAUCCAAAGACCGACCACAGACUGGGCAAAGUUGGAAGAUGAACACUUCAGCUUCUCACCCGCUUGGUACAGUUGGGGACCGUUGUAAACUUCUGGUAUGUGUUUGGAAAUCAAAUGUCAUUUUCGAGAGGGACAAAUCACAGAAAAUAGACUAUGUGUUCUAGAUAUUUACCAUCAUAGCUUUUUUUCUUUAAUAAAGUUUGGGCAAGUGGA